AUGUGUAUGAAAUAUGAAUCAUAUUUGAAAGUAUUAAAAGAAUCGUUGUAUUGGUUUAGAAAUUUAUCAUCAUCAACAAUUAAUAAUUUCGUUGAAAUUGAUGCUGAAAAUCUUGCCAAAAUUGUAACCGGUUUAGACGAUAGUUUAUUAUUAUUUCAAGAAAUAAAACAAUUAACACCAGCAAUUACUCAAUGUCAUAAUAUCAGUAAAGUUGAUAACAUGUUUAUGCUUAAAAAUUGUUGUAAAUUUUAUGCUCGUGCUUGUUUAUUGUAUCAAUUCAUUUUGACGCUGCCUAUCAUGGUGUCUAGCAAUGAAUGA